CAUGCGUGCUGAGUUAGUCUGCCAUUUUGAAUUUUCCGCCGGGCCAGUGUCUGAGUCAUUCUCUCUCUUCAGACAUUUCUACAGGUGUAUCUACUCCAGAAUCCUCAAGAACCAACCAUGUCUGCUACCGACCCAAGACUGAGACAGAUCAAGAUCAAGACAGGGGUCGUCAAAAGAAUUGGCAAGGAGAAGACAAUGUAUGGAAAGGAGGUACUUAAGGAAGAAGAAAGACUUGAGAAGUUCAAGACUGAAGGGAAAGAUGAACACGACAUUAGAAAGCAGGAGGAGGUUUUACAGGAGUCCAAGAUGAUGAUCCCAGACUGCCGCCGCCGGCUGAUGGCAGCGCAUGAAGAGCUCACGAAAAUGCUGGAGGAAGAAGCAGACCUGAAUGAGACAGAAGAGUUCAAGGCAGCUCAGGAGGUCCUAGAGGAUGCAUCCAAACAGCUUGCAGAGGUCCAGUAGGAGCAUCCCAAUAAGCCUGUAAACCCAGGCUACAAGUCUUGCUACAGUACACACAUGUGGUCUUAUGUUACCUUUCAGUGUGGCCUCCUGGUUUCUGCACUGCUCCUUUUCCAUGUAUGGAUAGUAUCCCAUAGUGCAUUGUUCUCUCUCCAAAUAUGGUAGUAGUAGUGUCCUACCCUACACUGGGAAGAAAAGGUGAUUGACAUGAGAUUUCUGAAUGAAGAACUUUCUAGAUACUGAUAAGGUAACUUGGGGUGAUUAAGGAUUAUAGUUAGAAAUCUUGAGCUUUAUAAUUCUGUCUACUAACUAUGCAGGGUUUGUGUGUGUAAAAGGAUGUAAUUCUAGAAAAUCUGAGCAAAAAUCUGAACUGAAGACAAUUUAUUUGUUACUUCAGGAUGUACUGAAAUAAUGGUAACGGUACUAACCAUUUUCCAAGUGUAAUUGUUUUGCACUAGUGAGUAACUUUACUUCUCAAACAACAACAUUGAAAAACAACAUCUUUGAAAUAACAACUAUUCACCAAUGCAUUAUAGUCGAAACCUGAGAGAGAAAAAUCUUGCAUUGUUGUGGCUGCUGUUGGUUCUUCGAUUAUCUACAAUCUUGUCACUUUUUAAACAAAAAUUGAGUUUUUUCUGAUUCCAUAAUGUAAAGCUUAUAGUGCACUGCAGAUUAUUGAAUGGAUCUUGAACUAUAGAUAUCAAUGUUUGAUUUUAUUUAAUGUGUGGGUGUGAAAUAACAUUCCAUGUUUUGAUUCUGAAUUAAGAAAGAAUACAAAAAGGUUUUGUCUCAA